CAGCAACAGCAAAUAAAUAUUGCCGACGCUGAUUGGAGUUUCUCGCAACCACCCUUACAAUGGCCGAUGCACAGCUUUUCGAAGAGACGUUUAGCAUUACCAGCGUCAACAACGAGAAAUAUGACCGCGUCUCGCGCAUUUUCGGGACCUCCACCGACAGUACGACCACCAUGUCUCUGGACAUCAACCACGAGUUAUUCCCAGUCGCGACGGGUGAUAACAUUACCCUUGUGAUGGCCUCGACAUUAAAUCUUGACGGUUCAAAGGAAGAGAAGGGCUGGCGGGAGGCCUCAAAGAGCGAGCAGACACUGGCGGACAUGUUCGAAUAUGUCUGCCACGGAAAGGUCUACCGCUUUGAUGAAGGCAACGGCGAGACAAUCAAAGUAUAUACUUCGUUUGGCGGGCUCCUGCUCUACCUCGAAGGACCAUUCAAGAAGCUCACGUCGCUGCGCAUUGACUACGUCUAUUUGUUGGCUAAAAAGUGAGGUAAUAGGAUGUUAGAAGCUGUAUGCAUGGGCGGCGUUGGGCGAGCGGUCUACUUCAUCUACAUCUAAGGCUUGCAUGGCACGGUGUCCGGAUACCCAAAAGUGGAGGUUUAUAGAGUAGGAAAUUCAAGUCUUCGGUGCAGCCUCGAUACAAUCUCGAUAUAGUCCUGCUCGUUCUCGCUCGUCAAGACGCCAUGUCGAAUUAAGAAAUCCAGCAUCACCAGAGCGCAAUUUGGCUUAAAUUCGCCCCUCGCCAUUGCAUCUUGCACUUCUCCCACGGUCCACAGAUAGAACUCUUCGACUUCGUCGUCUCCCGGUUUCGGUAUCACAUUCUCGGGCAGUUCCAGGUCAUAGACGUACUGACACUCGGGCUGCAGCAGUCUCGUCUCACCU